AUGGAGCGAAGGAGGUUGUUGCACGAUGGUCGGUGGUUUACUCCGCCAGUCCUAUACGGUAGUGCGCGGCGUGGUUUGAAGACGCUUGAUGUUCGCGAGUAUCGGCCGCUUGCGAUGCCGAUAGAGUUCCGAUUUUACCAACGGUACGCAAAUCAUCCGAAUCGGCAGUCUGGCAUACAAUUUCUCACCCACUACAAUACCCAUCAGAGGUUUCGUGUUAACAAAGACUACAUUGACUACAUGCACUGGGGAAAAGAGCAGGGGCAAGCUAGACUUCCACAUCGUCACCAGCGUGUAGCAUUCGACUUUAACGACCAGUUGCACCCGACGCGCAUUGGGACUCCAGAGGAUGGUGGUAAUGCCAACCACUGCUAUCCCGAGGAUGGGGAAGACGGCUCAUACGCAUGGUUUGCUUCACAGGACCCAACGUUUGGACACCACCCCGACUUGAGUUCAUCAUUUGACCCUAACUAUCGGGUUUUCUCGCACCCAGAGCAUUGGAACAAAAUGUUCACGAAGCGACGGCCAGGUGAAGGUGAUAUUGAUCUCAGUGUGCUUCCGUCACGCAGUUUAUUGGGGCCGCUAAUGGCACAUUCUGAUACUAAAGGAAUUCCAUACUUUAAGGUAGACAACCGGGGACACAGUAACGGGAGAGUACCGGGUGUUAACGCUCCAUUUUUUGGUGAAUUUGAUCAGAAGAUGAUGCAAGCCAUGUCACGUCCACUCAACGCAAACCGCACUAUCACUGGCAACGAUGGGCGUUUCUCAAAGACCAUUAUGAUAAACGAACCCCAAUGUAAUCAAGCGUUGAGUGCUAAGACGGCUAGUGAGUUGAGCAAGGAGAUUGACAAGGCAACGAAUGCUGUGUACUCGAAGCUUAGUGUUCUUGAAGCUGCUCAGUCAGGUCUUACUGAUUACUUCUGUGGGGGUCUCAACUUUGAGAUUGUUGGGUUUGAGCUGCACAUGGCGGCGAUGUUGCGUGAGCGCGCAGCAGCCAUUCUUGAGAGAAGUGGUGCUGGAGGACUGCCGAGCGCUUCAUCGGCAACGCUGUCAUCGUCUUCGACAACCAGAAGAUGUGCUAUGCUUUUGGAGAAAGCGGACGAACGUGAAGUAAACAAGUUGCUGCGGGACGCCUCAAGGUACGAGGAUCGUGUAGAUGAUGCCCUCCGCCAGCACGCGUCACUCAUAUGGCGUGUAUACACUGCGCCCCGCCCCCUUAUGACGUUGACUAACGGCAAGUGCCGCGGCACUGGGUGUGGUCUAUCUCUCUUCGCGAAGUAUUGCGCCCUUAAGGAUUCUUCAGAGUUUAUAUUUGAUGGCCCUAACGUGGGCAUUACACCGUACGGCGGUAUGACGCGCCUGCUCGCGCGACCCGAAACGUCUCUCAAGUAUCCGGGGUUGGCGGAGUUUGUUGUUUUGACCGGCGCUUCUCUUUUCGCUGGUGACGCACUGAGGCUGGGGUGGACUGACCUCUUCACAACUAUUCCUGAUAUGACUUACCACAUCAAAGAAUGGUUCGACACAACCGAGCAUAUGCACAACGAUGCCGUUGCGUGGCAGCUUGGGCACUUGUUGGAGACGUGCUUCAAGAUGAAAGAAUCACAUUCUUCCGCAAUGGAGCGCGCGGCAAUAACCCCUACAAGGGCGCGUUGGGUAGAGGAUGCCUUUGCUGAUCAACCAUCAGUCAAUGACAUCAUGAGGACCCUAACAGAAAUUGAACAACUGCCAUUUCAGUCGACCCACAACACAAGUGACGAGUCUCAUAUCACACCCUACACACUAGGGAGCGUAGCAGCUGGUGUGCAGCGAUUGGGCGAACAUCGCCUGCGGUACACACUUUCCCCGUGGGACAUUACGCCUCCAGAAGAUAGUGUGGUGUUGAAGCACACGUCGGAGAUGUUCAGGGCGUACGUGUUGGAGCGACGCGGGGCGACGGAUGUCGUAACUCACCGUGAUGCGGAGAGGGCUGCUGCUUGGAGUCAGCAGAGGCAAAGGGAGUAUGAUGCUUACUGCAGUCUGAAGGAGGCGCCGCAUCCGCGGCAUGUGUAUGCGCGUCUUGAAGGGUGUGAGGGGAAGAUCGUAUCGUUUGAGUUUGUUUUCGAGAUAAGUUGUAGAAGGAGUGGGCCACAAGGUACUGACGAAGUCCUCCAAGCUACCACAAUUAGCCGACUGAAGAGUCGGAUAUUGGAUGCGCUUGGUAUGCCCCGGGAUCGGAACAUCGAUUUGGGUUGGUACCUUCCGACAUUGGACACAUGCCCUAUUCAUAGCGACGAGGAGUUGAUGCAAGUCCUGCAUACGGAUCCGGGCAUCGAGGAUCCGAAAGAAAAACUGAGGUACCCACCCAUCUAUUUUAUUGUGAAGCGCUGUACCCUGUACUUCUCUGAGUGGGCCUAUGCUGUGAAACACCAGUUGUUGCUGCAGUCUCCUUUUGCGCUCCGGGCGGCGUUUGGGUUGCUGCAGGAAGUGCGCGGGGAUGGCGCGGCAGAGAAUGUUAUGCCGCUCGCAGAAACGCUAGGAACGGAGUUCAAGUAUUUUACGCGGCUCAUGCGUCGACCCGACUUUUACCGUGUAGGAGUUCAUACGGACAAAUCUGUGGAGAAAUGGGAAGAAAUCAAGGAGGAGCGGCGGCAUAAUAUCCACCACACUCACAGACCAACGCGUCCGCUUCCUGACUUCGAGGAGGUUUUCGAACGUGAUGUUGAAAUUGAUGGGCAUCGGUUUGUACUGCGGCCGCGCUGGAACCCUCGUACGCUACAGGAUGUGGACGACUCCGACAUCUUGCGGUUGCGGGCACCACUAACGUACGAUAUGGAUUCCACGGCCGCUCUCCACGUUCCCACUCACUGCGGUAAAGCCUCCCGACUCGCUGGAAUGCUGCAAGACGCAGGAGGCGUCCAAGUUUUGGAUGGUCUUGGCGAGGUAGACGACAAGGGGGAACCUAAAGUACCGCCGCUGCAGAGCAAUGCAUCUGUGCCGACAAAUGUUAGCUUUUAUGAGAUGGCGCGGCACCCAUGGGAAGACAGGGCGUCGUCGUGGCGUCGUGACGGCUUCACUGAGGGAUCACUUGAGUAUUUUGAGUCCCAAUACCGUUCUGCAGAGCGAGCUGUUUACGAUGAAGAGGGUCGAGGCGUGCGGAAUUACUGGCCUUCGCGUGAUGCCGUUGAGGGUAUUGCGCAAGAGGAAGAGAAUGACGCACAGCUACUGCAAGAGCGCCUUUUCAACACACUUGAAACUGCAGGUACAAGCGUGGAACCAUGGGCCCGUAAUCUUCGGCUCAAUGCAACCACAGGAAAGUUCGGAUACAAAACUGAGAUUGCGACACAGGAAGAGAAGAUAUACGACGAUGAGUAUUACCGCUGGUUCAUUCAACCCGGACGCCACCCGAACCCCAGUGGCCUCACCCUCAACGGCAGGAAGGGACAGUUCGAAGAAGGUCACUCUCGCGAUGAAGAACUUGAGCGCAUGUGGCGCAAGGUUGUUGCCGAUGGAAACAACGACUUUGCUGCAACGACUUCCGGAAUGCCCGUGUAUGACGGGGACGCCAAAAACGCGGAAGAUAGCUAUGCUGCGGGUGAUGAUGUCGACGUGGUGACGACUGACGCCAAUGUGCCGGUGGAUGGGGACGAUAGCAGCUGA